CCUCAACCCUCACUCCAAAAACUUGCGGUCAUGUCGCGCUCAACGGCCAAUGGCCGUCCAGAGCCAGAGGUCAUCGUCAAUUUCGGUGAUGGAUUUGCCUACAGUAAACAAGCGAUGGGAGAGGCUUUCCGUGCUGGUGGCCUGCUUGACCGACCACCUGCCGUCCUACACGCGCAUCCGCCGCUCACAAAAGCACAACGGGAGCUCAUUAAGAGGGAAGAUGUCGACGUUAUCGUCUCCGAAUUCGAGAUUCCCAAAGCUCAGGCUGAACGCGUGCUCGUUGAGCACAAAGGCAAUCUACAAGACGCGUUGAGAGCAUUGGUGGGGCUUUAG